GCUAGAUUCAUAUUCUAAUAUUCACAAGUCACAACCAACCCCAAAACAAAAGAUUGAAUUUUUCUCUCAACCAAAAUGGCAACAAAGUUAACUCUUCUCUUCCUUCUCUCAACUCUCCUCAUAAUUGCAACUUCAACACCAACAAAUUUCAUAAAAUCCUCAUGUAGCACAACAUCAUAUCCAACACUUUGUGUUGAAUCACUCUCCAGCUAUGCAUCAACAAUCCAACAAGAUCCUCACCAAUUAGUCCAAACAGCUUUAUCACUUAGCCUCAACAAAACUCAAUCCACUAAAAGCUUUGUUACAAAAUGCAAAAGUUUUAAGAAUCUUAAACCAAGAGAAUAUGCUGCUCUUCAUGAUUGUGUUGAAGAAAUCACUGAUAGUGUUGAUAGACUUAGCCGUUCAUUAAAAGAGCUUAAACUUUGCAAGGUUAGUGGUCAAGAUUUCAAUUGGCAUAUAAGCAAUGUUGAGACAUGGGUGAGCUCAGCUUUGACUGAUGAAAGUACUUGUAGUGAUGGAUUUGGUGGAAAAGCACUUGAUGGAAGAAUGAAAGCUUCUAUUAGAUCUAAAAUGGUUAAUGUUGCUCAAGUUACUAGUAAUGCUCUUUCACUUAUCAAUCAAUAUGCUACUAAUCACUAGUAAGAUUAUUUUUCUAGCGUGAAUUGGAUAUUCUCUGCGCGCAACUGCAGAGACUAAUCUCAUUUUAACCUAUAGAAAUCUAAGUUUUUGCUUUUAAGGUUGUUGAGAAUCACUUAAUUGUGGUUGGUUUCUUUUUUGUUUGUUUUGUUAAUUUUAUUUUAUGUGACGUGUAAUGUAAUUACAUCUUAUAUAUAGAAUAUGAAUCUUUGUGAUA